AUGGGUUGGCAGCUAAUCUCGCUGUACGGCAUGCCGAAGUUCCAUCCUCCAACCUUGGACGUGCUGCAGAACGCCGUCGUGGUGAAAGAUGCGGAGGUCUACUACCGCAAUAUUUACGAGUCUUACGAGGACGCCUGGACCAUUCGCGACAGGCACAUGUUCAACUCACUAGAAGCCCUCAAGGAGCACUGCGAGGCGCUGUGCGGGGGGGUGUGCCGCGCCGUCGUGUGGGCGCACAACUGCCACGUCAGCGAUGCGCGCGAGACGGAGGUUGCCUGGGAGUGGCAUCAGGCGAACAUGGGGCAGCUGGUGAAGGAGAAGUACGGGGAGCAGGCAGUCAGUAUUGGAUUCAGCACAUACUCCGGAACCCUGACUGCGGCUUCUGCUUGGGGCGAGCCGGGGCGGUGCGUGCGACUAAAGCCACCCUUUCCAGGCACCCUCGAAAAAAUCCUGCACGAGGUGUCGCCCACAAACUUCCUGCUCGAUUGCCGGUGGGUCGAGCCGCGCGAGCUCUGCCUCUGGAAGCGCUCCAUCGGUCUCGUUUACUCAGAGGAAACUCAGGAUCGUGACAACUACUACAGGGCCAAGGUCUUCAAGCAGCAUGACAAGAUCAUUCACAUCGACCAGACUCGCGCGGUAGAACCCCUGGACAAAGAGUCCGUUUGGAGUAGGAUCGAGGAGGCAGACGAGCAGCCUCAAACCUAUCCGUUCGGCAUUUAG